GGUAUAACUCUAAUAAAGGAACUCAUCGAYGAGUAUGGACUCAAAGUAGUCCAAGCCUACAUGAGUCACAUACAGCAAAAUGCCGAAGAUGCUGUUCGUGAGAUGCUGAAAGUCAUGGGAAGAAAGUUCCAAGAAGAGACUGGAAAAACUAGUUUCUCAGCUGAAGAAUUCCUUGAUGAUGGAACACGAAUCAAGCUGACUGUCUCUAUUGAUGUGGACACGGGCAACGCGGUAUUUGACUUCGAAGGGACUGGGCCUGAGAUCUACGGGAACUUAAAUGCACCUCGUGCCAUCACGCAUUCUGCUAUCAUCUAUUGCCUCAGGUGUAUGGUGGAUCAGAAUAUCCCACUGAACCAAGGAUGCCUUUAUCCAGUCACUAUCAAAAUCCCUGAUCCCUGUGUCCUGUCGCCGUCUGUAGACGCGGCCGUUGUUGGUGGCAACGUGUUGACAUGUCAGCGAGUGGUUGACGUCAUACUUAAGGCUUUUAAGGUCUGCGCAGCUUCUCAGGGCUGUAUGAACAACGUGCUCUUUGGCGAUACUACUUUCGGCUAUUAUGAAACCAUAUCGGGCGGAGCAGGAGCGGGGCCAACUUGGAACGGUCGAAGUGGGGUACAUGUUCACAUGACAAACACGCGCAUUACGGACCCCGAGGUCCUGGAAAGCAGGUAUCCAGUUGUAUUGCGGUGCUUUCAUCUGAGGCAAGGAUCAGGGGGACAAGGACGCCAUACUGGUGGUGAUGGGGUUGUCAGAGAGCUGUUGUUCAGACGACCUAUUGAGCUUUCUGUUCUCAGCGAGCGACGAGCGUUUCAACCUUUUGGACUUGAGGGAGGCGAACCAGGUUCUCGCGGGCUCAACUUAUUAAUUCAGAACGACGGUCGCGUUAUUAACAUCGGAGGAAAAACGUUGAUUAACGUGAAGCCUGGGGAAUGUUUCCGCAUACAAACUCCAGGGGGUGGGGGCUACGGCAAACGUUUGCAACACGAAAGCGAGGAUCAAGAUGGCCGCCCAGCGAAACGUCAGCGAACUGAGAAUGCUUCCCAACUUUACAUGGAGAGGGGAUCUCUACAUAAUUACAAACUCAUGCAGGAAUCUGCCUGAGGGACCUGUCAGUCAUGUGUUGUCGUCACCCCGAUGGGGGGUAGGAGUGGAGUGAUUUUCACCGCUUUUCAUUGCAUUUUUAUACACUUAAGGAUGGGGGGGGGUUCAAAUCAGUUUCUCAUAGAAAAAUGGACUUUCGUAGGGGCGAAAUCCAGAGUUGUCCUUGCUCUCUAAACUUUCUAAA